ACGAGGUCAACGUCGUCCCUGGCGCGUCCAGUGUGGGCGGGAAGUUUGUCUUUUCCCGCUUGCCGUAACCACGUUGUCGGUAGAGUAGAGGAGCUGCUGCUGCUGGAGGAAGGAGCGAGCCCCGCCCCCACUCACGCACAGGAAUGUCUGAAAGUCAGGGGACAAACAGUGGAAGUCACACCAGCAAGAUUGGUUCCAGCAGUGGUAGCUCUGCUGUGUGCUUUGGACAGUACCAGUAUACAGCAGAUGAAUACCAGGCCAUCCAGAAUGCCUUGCGUCAGAGGCUGGGUCCAGAGUACAUCAGUAGCCGGCAGGCUGGUGGAGGACAGAAGGUUUGUUAUAUUGAGGGUCACAGGGUCAUCAGUCUGGCCAAUGAGAUGUUUGGCUACAAUGGCUGGGCUCAUUCAGUCACUCAGCAGAAUGUUGAUUUUGUUGAUCUCAACAACGGCAAAUUCUAUGUGGGAGUUUGUGCAUUUGUGAAAGUUCAACUCAAGGAUGGGUCGUACCAUGAAGAUGUGGGUUACGGAGUGAGUGAGGGCCUGAAAUCUAAGGCGUUGUCCCUAGAAAAGGCAAGGAAAGAAGCAGUGACAGAUGGACUGAAGAGGGCACUCAAGUGCUUUGGAAAUGCUCUUGGGAACUGCAUCCUGGACAAAGACUAUCUGCGAUCAGUGAAUAAACUUCCUCGUCAGCUGCCUCCUGAGCUGGAUUUGGCCAAAGCAAAAAGGCAAGACUUGGAGCCUGCAAUAGAGAAGGCUAGAUACAGUAGCUGUCUGCAGAAGCAGAGUGCAGGGCAACCCCAGCACUGUGAGAGCCUGUCCCCAUGCAGACCUGGACAGGAGGUGGCUUCCUUAAGCACAGCUGAGCAGGAGCAGCAAAACAGCUCCAGACAUAACAUCACCUUAGUCUGUGGGAGUGAUGCCACUUACCAGCGGAAGUUACGACAGAAGCAGCUUCAGCAGCAGUUCCGGGAGCAAAUGGAGAAAAAACAGCUGGUAGUAGCCAAUCCAGUCACCAAACAGGCAGCAUCUCAUCCCUCACUGGUGAAACACAGCACUCCAGCAGCAGCACAACAGGAACCAGCUGCAGAAGAGGAGUUCUUUGCAGAUGACCCUGAGCUUUGGGACAUUCCCCUGGAGACCACUGCUCUCAGUGAUAUGGAGAGCCACAAAAAAGGAGCUGUAGCAGCCCAGGCUCCUGCAACGCCUCUUGGACACUAUCACAUGAUGACUCGCAGCAGGACCCCUCAAACAAUGAACCAUAAGAAACCACAUGAGAGAGCUGCACAAUGGCAGGUGUCCCCUAGGCACAGGCCUUACAACCCAGGUGCACCAGCAGAGUGCAGUCCAUACAGGAGGAGCCAAGGCAUGAAGAAAAGGAAACUGGAACCCUCCUAACAGACAGGACAGCACCUGAAUUAUGUUAGUUUCCUCAUGAUGAUUUGAGCACUACAACCAUAUUUUCAGAAGCACAUCAAGAACCUGUUUAAACACAAAGGAAAAUCUAGUGCAUUAGAUCCAUGGCUUGUGCAAUGCUGAUCAUUGACCAUCUUUGGUCAUAACUCCUUACUUACUUUAGCCCCUCAUAAUGUGCUUGAUGUCCCCUUGUGUGGGUAAAAAGUUUGAUGCAUCGUUUCUUCCUGAGUCAAGCAGUUUGGGAGCCUGCCCAGUGCCAGGGCCUGUUAUUUUAACUCCUUUGGAAUGACAUGAGAUGUAACUACUCCCUGCUGAUAACUGAAGGGUGCUCUACUACUUUACUCCCUCUAUGAUGAAAUGCAGUUUCCUUUAAUGUGGAUAACAUUCAGCAAGAUCAGAUCCUGGAAAGAAUUAUUUGAAUGGAGACAGUAGUACGUGUCUGGAUGUGUUACAAAGGAUUAAGAUUGACUAGUUCUUUUUAGGUACCUGUGUUUUUAUAUUAAAUUUUAU